AUGGUAGUGUGCUUACCGGGGAUCCUGACGAAGCAGCAGCUUCUGUUUCCGGUGCAGUCGAUGAACGUAGUCAAGAUUCGGCCAGCAACAGUCGUGAGCAGGCAGAAGAUGAAGGUAGGGGGCAGAAAAGAGGUUUCUCGAACUCUACUUCGGGGCGAUGGGAUAGCUCAGCUUCGUGGGGCGACUGGGACCAUCACUGGGAAGACAGUAGCCAUUGGGGAGGCCAAUGGAAACGAGACGACUGGCAUAGCUGGCAGUCAGGAUGGCAGUGGUCAUGGAAUGACCGUGACGGCAACCAAGAUGACGAAGACUGCGGCGAAGAUGAUGAUGAAGCUUGGGGUCCUGACCCCUGGGCAGUGGCAUGGGAAAGGAAGCAGGUCGAGCAGGGUGACUGGCGCGGCGGCCGGCGAGAUGUCCAUCGGGGCGGAGAACGUCGAGGAGCCGACCGAGGUCCCGAGGCAGAUGGUCGAGCAGAUCACCGCCGAGAACGUGAUCAACCCGAGCGACAUCGAGAAAAGGCGACAGUCUGGAGUGGAUGGAAGCACUUCACCAACGGUGACUGGAGCGACCAUGGACACAGAGGACGUUGGCACUUCGGCCAGGUCAUACCUCAGGCAGAUUGAGGCCUGGAGAAGGAUGACACUUCUUCCUGAACACCAGCAAGGGCUAGUACUCUACCAGCACCUCUCCGGCAAGGCGUGGGUUGCGGCUGAAGAGCUCAGCGUGGACAGCCUCGCCAAGGAGACCGGGGUCGAGUAUCUAGUGCGGUGGAUCACCAACCGGUAUCUACACCUUGAGGUGACUCGUAUCGGCAAGGCCUUCUCUGAGUUCUUCCGCAAGCUUAGACGCAAGCCUGGGCAGAGCAUUCGGGACUACAACAGCGAGUACGAUCGACUUCACGCUCGGCUACGGGAAGUUGGAUGUAACCUCCCGGAGGAUUGCGCCGCCUGGCUCUACGUCGACCGGCUUCAACUUGAAGAGGCAGCUGAGCUCAACUUGCUGGCCAGCGUUGGGAACUCCUACUCUCUUCCACGACUACAACAGGCAGCUGUCAUCCACGAUCGCGGGCAUCGCAAACCAUGGGAGUCGAACACCUCCGGCAAAGGGAGGAAGCCGUAUACGGCCCACUACACCGAGGCGGAUGGUUCCCUGGAGUCCGGCGAGGAGGACAUCGACGUCGAGGAAGGCGAUGGAGGAGUGCCAGAAGAGGUGGCCGUGGCUUAUGCGACCUACCAGACUGCUAAGCAGAAGUAUAAGGAGCACCAGAAGAACCGCGGCUACAACGGUGGCUUUGGCGAGAACAAGGGCGACGGCAACCACGCUGGCAAGAACAACGAGAAGGCUAACGAAAAGAUAAAGCUUAUGAAGGCAAAGUCGUUCUGUUCUGGAUGCGGGAGAAGAGGCCACUGGCAUAAAGAUGCAGAAUGUCCUCACAACCAACCCGGCUACCAGAAGGGCAGCGACAAGUCGAGCGGCAAGACGGCGGACAUUGGCUACUGCAACCUCCUCCCGGCAGAGGUCUUCUCCAUCAAGCUUGAGAGCGCCAACCUCCUCGGCAUAACGGACACGGCGUGUGCCCGCACAGUGGCUGGUACCCAAUGGUUGCAGGCCUACUCGGAUAGACUUGCCGCAAUGGGGGCAAAGCCUGAGUUAAAGAAGGAGUGCGAGGCCUACAGGUUCGGCACUGGCAAGAUCUACUACUCCUCCUUCUACGUGGUCCUUGCUUUCGAGUUGGGCUCCAAGAUUGUGCAGGUGCGGACCUCAAUCAUCAGUGGUGAUGUUCCGCUGCUCCUUUCCAAGACUGUCUUGGCCAAGCUCGGCAUGGUCUUCGACAUUGAAAAGGGGCAAGCUGAUUUUAACAAGGUCGGGCUGAAAGGGUUCGACCUCCUUGUUACUUCGUCCGGGCAUCCGGCAAGUCCCAUUGUCGCAACCAAAAUGGACGGCGACCCCGGCAAUUUCCAGGCCGAGGAUCUGAAGCUUGUGCCAAAGAGUGAAUACACGGCGUUUGCACUUGAGCACAGUCCAGGACAUGUUAGCGACAAUGAGUUGUAUAACUUCUUCUACGACAAGAAGCUAGAGCCCGGUAUCAAGGAGAUGCUUGUUCAGGAGCCAUGCAAGCCUCGUCCCAUCAACCACAUGAGCAAGACGCAGCUGCUGGAAGAGGCGAACCGCAUGGGGGUGAUCGUUCACCACACCUGGGGGGUGACAGAGAUAAAGGCCUGCAUCAUGGAGGCCCGCGAUGCGCAGAAGUCCCUCGACCCCACCGAGCAGAUGAAGAGGGUGUCACAUAUGAACCUGGCGGAGUUGCGCAUCAAGGCGAGCGAGCUCAAGAUCGAGUACAGCAAUGCCACUACAAAAGGCAAUCUUCUUCGCCUGAUAAGGGACUCGCUCAACACCCCAGAUCAAGAACUCAUGAAGAUCGGGAAAUUCAAGGGCCUGCAGUUUUGCGAAACCCCGAGAAGCUACGGAGAGUGGGUAGUGAGAGAGCUGGCCCAAGCAGACAGCCCGGACCCGGAGUUGGUGAGGUUGGGACGAUGGUACAGCAACAAACAGAAGAAGCAGGAGACGAAGGGCUACGCGUCCGAGGAGAUCACCCCACCAUAUCCGAGUUCUACGGCGGCCACGCGGAGGCCAGCGCUUCAUCCACAACUGGAUCGGGAAGGUGGGGGAGCAGUGAUCCUCCAAGGCGGACGACCUCGCGAGAUCGUGGACGACCUCGACUUCUACUUGCGCUACGACAACAACCACGAGGGACAAGGAUGGGCAGUUCUGGCCCGGCCUGGGUGCAAGUAUCUCGAACUUCCUGGAAAUCUGGAUCCUCACCAUGUCUUGGUUGUGAGCGGGGACGGAGACAAGCCAGAAGACAGACCCCUCCGCAUCGAUGGUUCCGGUAUCACGUUCGAGAAGGAUGUCCCUGGACAUGUGCAGUCCGCACUAAAGAGGUUGCACCAGAAUUUGGGACACCCCAGAGUGCCAGACCUAGUACGUCAUCUUCGACUUUCUGGAUGUGACCCGGCUGUCUUGAAAGCAGCAAAAGGGAUGCGGUGCCAGAUCUGCGAUGCCACCCGUGACCCUCAGGUGGCCCGACCAUCGUCACUUCCUAGGAUGUUGAGUUUUGGCGAGGUGGUUGCCGCUGACAUCCUCUACGCCCACGACUGCGAGGACAAGCAGCGCGUUUUCCUUUCCCUGGUCGAUGUUGGCACGACGUACCACGUGGUCGUCAAGCUCCGCAACACUAGUGGCAAAGAAGUCGAGCAGGCCUUCAACACGUACUGGGUGACGCCGUUCGGCGCCCCCAAUGCUGUCUCACUUGAUCUGGAGACAGGCUUGCAAGACGGCUUUUCAAGGUUAUGCAGUUGGCAUAACGUGAAGAUUCGCAAUUCUGCGACCCAAGCUCACUUCCAAUCGGGGGUGGGCGAAAGACAGGGUAAGUGGUGGAAACAUAUGUGGACCCGCGUGAGCCGGGAGCUUUCAAUUUCAGCGGAUGAAGUGCAGUUGGCCGCGACAGCUGUGAGCAGUGCAAAAAACAGCCUGAGGAGGCGCUGUGGCCACUCCCCGUCUGCGUGGAUAUUUGGCCGUGAAGGCCGCGCCAUAGAGGACGUCCUUGACCCUGAUAGUGGAGGCAGGGUCAGCUAUGACGUCUCCGACGACGCCCGCCUUGCUUCAGCGAGCUCGAGCGGUCACUCGGCCUUUCGAGAAUGGGACGAAACGGGCGAGUUUCUGGCAAUGGGCGGUGUGAAGCGAGAGCUGGAGCGACUCCUCAACAACGACUUCGACGAUAAGGAGGUCUACAGCGAUGAGGAGGAGCACGACGCCGACGACCUCGGCGACGACACCGAGAAGGCGCCGGGCGAGGACGUCUACGACGAGGAGGGAGACGUGGACUUUGAGCCGGCUGACAACAGCACGAGGGAUGACUUCGAGGGCCGCGACAACAAGGAGGAAGGCGACCAGAAAAGAGGAUGGCCAGCUUCCAGGAUGAAGCGCAAAACGCCUCCGCAAGGUGGGCUGGAGAAAAGACAGGAGAAGGAGUUGAGGUGGGACGAGAUACCACCCCAGUUCCAGCAGAAGUUCCGUGAGGCCGAGGAGAAGCAGUGGCGAGAGCAUCUCCACUUUGAUGCUUUGGAGCCCCUCGAUGAUGCGGCCACCGACUUUGUCAAGAACAACAUCUCCAAAGACCCGGCGCUGCGCUCUAGAUGGGCGUAUAAAGACAAAAAUUGGUCCAGGAGAAGGCUGGAGGGGCAAGCAGAGUGGCGCUGCAAGUCGCGCCUUGUUAUAGCCGGGCAUACCGACCCGGAUUUAGCUUCGGGGCGCCUGGCUACGGACGCACCGACUUUGUCGAGGUCUGGUCUCCUUUGCUUGCUGCAACUUUUGGCAAAUGGGCUUCGAGAACCCGAUCCGUGGAGGGUGUCUGCUGGAGACAUCCAGUGUGCCUUUUUGACAGGGAGCUACCUCAGCCGGGAGCAAGAGUUGUUCAUCCACCAGCCGCCUACCGGGUUUCCCGGUAUGAAGCCGGGACAGUUGGUCCGGGUCAAGAAGAAUAUCUUCGGCUUAGCCACCAGUCCCAGAGAGUGGUGGCUAGACCUCCAGGAGGGGAUCGGCAAAGUGAACAUCGAGGCGAAUGGACGGUGCCACCGGUUCGAGCAGUGUCCCCUCGAUCCUUGCAUCUUUGUCCUCAAAGAGUACUACGAAGGAAAGUUCGUCGGCAAGCCAAAAGGGUACGUCGGGACACAUGUCGACGACCUCCUGGUCAUCGCCAGCACUUCCGUCUCCAAGCUCAUCGAGGAUGCGCUGGGCCAAGCCUUCCCCAUCGGAGAGUGGGAAAGCGAGCUCUUUAACUAUCUCGGAUCCGAGAUCGGCCGGGUCCAGAAGCAGCCGACCAUCGCCGACUUGAAGUUCACCAACCUCGUCUCCAAGAAGGCCUACGACUACAGAGAAGAAGGGCUUCGCUUCAAGCCUAUCCCCGCGGACCAGCUCAUCGUCAUCGUGUAUCACGACGCUGGAUGGGCAAAUGCUCAUGACGCUGAGCACGACGAGGAGGGCUUCCAGCUUACCGAGGAAGACAAGUUGGCGGGGCUUCAGCAUGAGGGGCCGUUUGUCGACAAGCGUGCGAGAAAGGCGAGGAGACAGAACUCCAAAGUUGCCUCUCAGCUUGGGGAGCUCAUAGUGUUCGCUGACAAAGGAUGCGUGACUGGGAAGGGAGGCUGCUUCAGCGUUCUGGAUUGGAAGUCCAAGGCUGGACAACGAGUAUGCCGAAGCACGUUCUCGGCAGAGACGCAAGCCUGCGUGGAAGGGGUGGAGGCCGCUCAACAUGUUCGUGCCCUGUUUGAGACCCUGGUGGCUGGAGAGCUCAUCAAGGUGGAGGACAGCCGAGUUCCUCUUCUUUGCCUGAGCGACAGCCGUUCUUUGUACGAUCAUGUACAUAAACAAGGAGUUCCCAGAGUGCCUUCGGACCGUAGGCUUGCUGUAGAUCUAGCUGCCCUUCGACAAGCUUUGAAGGCUGAGCAGUGGGGGAGUAAACUCCCGCUGGGCUGGCUUGCUAGUGCCUUUCAGCUGGCAGAUGUGCUAACCAAACCACAAGACCCAGGAAGGUGGUGGAAGUUUUUCCAUGGGAAGCUUUUCGUUCCCAUAGACUUGGGGGAAGAGUCUUCAACCAGCUUGAAGCUGGUGAAAGAGUGGAAGACCAGUGUGAAGCAUAAAGGUGAGAAUCAGUCUGUUCCUUCCGCUUUGGAGUUUACCAUCAAGGAAACUGGUCUUCCCGAAGCACCCCCGUAG